AGGCAACCUUCUUUAAUUCUAUAUAUUCCUUUGAGUUUGCUAGGACGUUAAGGACAGGACCUUUUUUGUGUUGGAUGCCCUUGUGCCCUCUGUGGUCAAGGCGACCGCCAUUGCGAGGGCUUCGCCUUGUAACGUCACCGCCGGUGUCCACAACUUUGUGUGCCGCACCUUGUCUCUUGGAGGUGCGACGAGCAUCACACGUCAGUUCCUUCAAGCACGAGGGCUACUACAGACUGGCGGACCCACGGCACAUUUCAAUCGAUCCCUGCGUGUACGAGACACGCACCAUGCGAGGCAGCGGACCAGGCGGCCAGGGCGUGAACAGCAGCAGCAACAAGGUCGAGCUACGGGCUGACAUGGAGAUGCUGUCCGACUACUUUGACGAGGAGUUGCUGGCGGCGCUGCGACACAACGAGGCCGGCGCCAGUCUCACCUCGGAUGGCACCACCAUCGUCGUGAGCUGCCACGAGCACCGCAGUGGGCUGCAAAACAAGGCAGGCUGCAUUCACAAAUUGCAGGAGCUGCUGCACAAGGCUUCGUGGGUGCCGCCGGUGGAGGCAGAUCCGAUUGAGCGACCGACUCGCCUUGUCACGGAGCACAAGGCAAAGAGACGGCAGAAGAGCAACGCAAACCGCAUGACGCGCGCCGCACGUAGCGGGUCGUGGUGA